GACGUGCUUUAUAGGCGGCAUAAAGCGAAAGUGCCGGCAGCGGUGGAAGGCGAAGUUCAAUCCCAGAGUCCGCCCCCUGAACUGGGGCCUUUCCGCAGGAGGAAGCUCUGAAAGACAGGGGACCCAGUGCCAUUCCCCUGGGAAUUGUCGCUUGCAUUCAGCUGUUCUACACAAUGGACUCAGUACCUGCCACUGUGCCUUCUAUCACCGCUACCCCGGGGGACCCGGAACUUCUGGGACCCCUGUCGGUGCUCUACGCAGCCUUCAUAGCCAAGCUGCUGGAGCUAGUUGCUACAUUGCCUGAUGAUGUUCAGCCUGGGCCUGAUUUUUAUGGAUUGCCAUGGAAACCUGUGCUUAUCACUGCCUUCUUGGGAAUUGUUUCGUUUGCCGUUUUCUUCUGGAGAACUGUCCUUGUUGUGAAGAGUAGAGUAUAUCAAGUCACGGAACAGCAAAUUUCUGAGAAGUUGAAGAUUAUCAUGAAAGAAAAUACAGAACUUGUACAAAAAUUAUCAAAUUAUGAACAGAAGAUCAAGGAAUCAAAGAAACAUGUUCAGGAAACCAGGAAACAAAAUAUGAUUCUCUCUGAUGAAGCAAUUAAAUUUAAGGAUAAAAUCAAGACACUUGAAAAAAAUAAUGAAAUUCUGGGUGACGCAGCUAAAAAUCUUCGUGUUAUGUUAGAGUCAGAGAGAGAACAGAAUGUCAAGAAUCAGGACUUGAUAUCAGAAAACAAGAAAUCUAUAGAGAAGUUAAAGGAUGCUAUUUCAAUGAAUGCCUCAGAAUUUUCAGAGGUUCAGAUUGCACUUAAUGAAGCUAAGCUUAGUGAAGAGAAGGUGAAGUCUGAAUGUCAUCGGGUUCAAGAAGAAAAUGCUAGGCUUAAGAAGAAAAAAGAGCAGUUGCAGCAGGAAAUCGAAGACUGGAGUAAAUUACAUGCUGAGCUCAGUGAGCAAAUCAAAUCAUUUGAGAAGUCUCAGAAAGAUUUGGAAGUAGCUCUUACUCACAAGGAUGAUAAUAUUAAUGCUUUGACUAAUUGCAUUACACAGUUGAAUCGGUUAGAGUGUGAAUCUGAAUCUGAGGGUCAAAAUAAAGGUGGAAAUGAUUCAGAUGAAUUAGCAAAUGGAGAAGUGGGAGGUGACCAGAAUGAGAAGAUGAAAAAUCAGAUUAAGCAGAUGAUGGAUGUCUCUCGGACACAGACUGCAAUAUCGGUAGUUGAAGAGGAUCUAAAACUUUUAAAACUUAAACUAAGAGGCUCCGUGUCCACUAAAUGUAACCUGGAAGACCAGAUAAAGAAAUUGGAAGAUGACCGCAACUCACUACAAGCUGCCAAAGCUGGACUGGAAGAUGAAUGCAAAACCCUGAGGCAGAAAGUGGAGAUUCUGAAUGAACUCUAUCAGCAGAAGGAGAUGGCUUUGCAAAAGAAACUGAGUCAAGAAGAGUUUGAACGACAAGAAAGAGAGCACAGGCUGUCAGCGGCAGAUGAAAAGGCAGUUUCGGCUGCAGAGGAAGUAAAAACUUACAAGCGGAGAAUUGAAGAAAUGGAGGAUGAAUUACAGAAGACAGAGCGGUCAUUUAAAAACCAGAUCGCUACCCAUGAGAAGAAAGCUCAUGAAAACUGGCUCAAAGCUCGUGCUGCAGAAAGAGCUAUAGCUGAAGAGAAAAGGGAAGCUGCCAACUUGAGACACAAAUUAUUAGAAUUAACACAAAAGAUGGCAAUGCUGCAAGAAGAACCUGUGAUUGUAAAACCAAUGCCAGGAAGACCAAAUACACAAAACCCUCCACGGAGAGGUCCUCUGAGCCAGAAUGGCUCUUUUGGCCCAUCCCCUGUGAGUGGUGGAGAAUGCUCCCCUCCAUUGACAGUGGAGCCACCCGUGAGACCUCUCUCUGCUACGCUCAGUCGAAGAGAUAUGCCUAGAAGUGAAUUUGGAUCAGUGGACGGGCCUCUACCUCAUCCUCGAUGGUCAGCUGAGGCAUCUGGGAAACCCUCUCCUUCUGAUCCAGGAUCUGGUACAGCUGCCAUGAUGAACAGCAGCUCAGGAGGCUCUUCCCCUAACAGGGUAAUCGAUGAAGGCAAGGUUAAUAUGGCUCCAAAAGGGCCCCCUCCUUUCUCAGGAGUCCCUCUCAUGAGCACCCCCAUGGGAGGCCCUAUACCACCACCCAUUCGAUAUGGACCACCACCUCAGCUCUGCGGACCUUUCGGGCCUCGGCCACUUCCUCCACCCUUUGGCCCUGGUAUGCGUCCACCACUAGGCUUAAGAGAAUUUGCACCAGGCGUUCCACCAGGAAAACGGGACCUGCCUCUCCACCCUCGGGAAUUUUUACCUGGACACACACCAUUUAGACCUUUAGGUCCACUUGGCCCAAGAGAGUACUUUAUUCCUGGUGCCCGAUUACCACCCCCAACCCAUGGUCCCCAGGAUUACCCACCACCACCUGCUGCAAGAGACUUACCACCAUCAGGCUCUAGAGAUGAUCCUCCUCCUGCCUCUCAGAGCACUAGCCAGGACUGUUCACAGGCUUUAAAACAGAGCCCAUAACUAUGAUCUCUGACGUUUCGUUGGAGAGAAAGUGUACUGUGCAUUAUUCAUUACAGUAAAAGAUUUCAUUGGCUUCAAAAUCCAAAAGUUUAUUUUAAAAGGUUUGUUGUUAGAACUACGCUGCCUUGGCAGUGUGCAUUUUUGAGCCAAACAAUUCAGAAAUGUCAUUUCUUCCCUAAAUAAGACACCUUUUAAGCUAGAGCGUCCUUACAACUUUGAAAUGUGCAAUAAAGAAUACCUGUGUUUUAGCUAAUGUAGCAUAUGUAAUUGCUAAAUGAUUUAGAAUGUCAUGAAAAAUAUGAACAUUUCCUGUGGAAAUGCUUUAAGAACAUGUAUUUCCAUUAUCCUAUUUUUAGUGUACACCAGCUGAAUACGGAGCAAUGGUGUUUAUAAGCGUUUUUUUUUUUAAACUAUCUGGUCACAAAGACUGUUACGCUAAAAAUGUUUACUAAAGGAUCACUAAACUUCAUCUCCCCUCUUGCUGAAGUUCUUUGUAGUAACAGCUCAUAAAAAUUUGUUAUUAAUAUUUCCCAAGUGUCUGUUGAUUCAUUGGACUGUUAAUGAGGCUUGUGCGAUUUGGGGAACAUGUACACUCAGGCUCCCAGAACUGAUGAUGGUGGCUGGUGGCACACUUCCGGCUGCUACCCCGUCACCUGUGAACUCUACAAGUGAUGUCUUUUUAUUUCAAAGAAGUUUAUUUCCCACUUGUAUAGCAUUCACAUGCUUUCUUUACGAUCCUCAUUGUCUAUUUUAGAAUGGUUUUCUGAGAGUGAGUUUACAUUAGUAGCAAGAGUUGUUUGACCUGAUGUUCUAUUGCUUUUACCAUUCCUGUAGAAAAAAGGUACACAACAGAAAAAUGAAAAUGAUGUGUCAUGGCCAUAAAAGUACAGAAAUCUUUAAAAAUUUUAAAAUGUACAGUCUCGUCUUUCCCAUUCCUUGCCACUGAUUUUUGAGGAAUAUAAUAAAAAGAUUGGAAGAGUA